CAGUGAGCAUUUAAACGACAGACCGGAACUACUUGUCUGUUUCAAUUGUGUAAACCCCGCACACAAACGUAUUUCCUUUUACUCUUGUGAAGUGACGAAGGUUAAGUACUAGUCUACAGCAAUGCAGAUUUUUGUGAAAACGUUGACUGGAAAAACCAUAACCCUUGAGGUUGAGCCAUCAGAUACCAUUGAAAAUGUCAAGGCAAAAAUUCAGGACAAAGAGGGGAUCCCACCAGACCAACAAAGAUUGAUAUUUGCAGGAAAACAGUUGGAGGAUGGCCGUACUCUCUCAGAUUACAACAUUCAAAAAGAAUCCACUCUUCAUCUGGUUCUAAGACUUCGAGGUGGUGUAAUUGAGCCCAGUUUGCGUAUUUUGGCCCAGAAGUACAACUGUGACAAGAUGGUUUGCAGAAAAUGAUAUGCUCGUCUUCU